AGCGGGAGGAGCGGGAGCGGCGCUCAGGAUGGCUGCAGCUCCUCCAAGUUACUGCUUUGUAGCCUUCCCCCCAUGUUCUAAAGAUGGGCUGGUGGUAUUUGGGAAGAACUCUGCACGGCCCAGGGAUGAAGUACAGGAGGUGGUGUACUUUGCUGCUGCAGAGCACGAUCCAGGAAGCAAAGUUGAGUGCACGUACAUCGAGAUUGAGCAGGUGCCAAAGACUCACGCUGUGGUGCUGAGCAGACCCUCCUGGCUUUGGGGGGCAGAAAUGGGAGCUAAUGAGCAUGGAGUGUGUGUAGCUAACGAAGCUGUUGUGACCAGAGAACCAGCUUCUGAGUCUGAAGCCUUGCUUGGCAUGGAUCUUGUCAGACUUGGCCUAGAAAGAGGUGCAACAGCUAAAGAAGCUUUGGAUGUAAUAGUUGCUCUGUUGGAAGAGCAUGGACAAGGUGGAAAUUAUUAUGAAGAUGGGAGUUCGUGCCAUACUUUCCAAAGUGCAUUUUUGAUUGUGGACAGAAAUGAAGCCUGGAUACUGGAGACUUCUGGAAAGUAUUGGGCAGCUGAAAAAAUCACAGAGGGAGUGAAAUGCAUUUGCAAUCAGCUUUCAUUAACUACAAAAAUUGAUGCUGAGCAUCCUGAACUAAGGAAUUACGUGAAAAGUCAAGGCUGGUGGAAUGGAGACUCAGACUUCAAUUUUUCUGAAGUGUUUUCUCUUGCUGAUGACCAUUUAGCCUGCUGUUCUGGCAGGGAGAGCCUAGAAAAGCAAGGUGGUGACGUUUCUGCACAAGCUAUGAUUGAUGUCCUGCGUGACAAGGACAGUGGUGUCUGUGUGGACUCUGAAUCUUUCCUUACUACAGCUAGCAUAGUGUCUGUUCUGCCUCAGGACCCUAGUUUUCCCUGUAUUCAUUACUUCACUGGCACGCCAGACCCUUCAAGGUCCAUAUUUAAACCCUUUAUUUUUGUCGAUGAUGUAAAAUUAGUACCAAAGGUACAGUCUCCUUCUUUUGGCAACGAUGAUCCUGCUAAAAAGAUACCUCGAUUCCAGGAGAAACCUGAUCGUAGGCAUGAAUUGUACAAGGCACAUGAAUGGGCUCGAUCUCUCCUGGAGAAUGAUCAGGAUAAAGGCCAGAAACUGAUGAGGAUUAUGUUAGACCUUGAAAAACAAGGUUUAGAAGCAAUGGAAGAUAUCCUUUCUCGUACAGAAAUUCUGGAUCCAGCUGAAGUAGUGGAUCUUUUCUAUGACUGUGUUGACACAGAACUUAAGUUCUUCAAAUAAACUACGGUGGCUAUUGUUAGCCUUUUCACUGGAAGACUGCAAUAUUCUUCAAGCCUUGAAAGAAAGUCUUCACACUUGUGAUUUUGCAGGAAAAAACAUUUCUAGAGGAAAAAAUGUUACUUGCUAGCUGUAUCCGGUUAACAAAUUGCUUUCCUUUGUCCAAUCUUGUGGUGUUCCCGUUUGUGUAUGUAUAUAGUGAAAGGAGAAAGUCACUGACUGGUCCAAUUACUGUGUGCAUGCUGGCUAAUUUAGUACAGAAUGUUAAAACAUGUAUGUUGGGCAACCAAUUAAAGUAAAGAUUUAACUUCAUCAGGCUAAUUGCCAUACUGUCAUUGAAAGCAAUCUGUUUUUCCCUCUGUUGUUCAGGACUAGGCUUGCAGCAAAGCUGACUUGCAUUUUUCUCUUCUUGCUAAUUCAUACAGAGUUGAAAUGGUAGAGUUGAAAUCACAGUUUGAGACGGGCAGGAAGGUAAGUCCUGGUUCUUAACCUUGUUGUGCUGGCCUCACAUGGCCAUAUCUGGUUGCAGUAACUUAGCACCUGACAUUGUGCCUGUACAAAUUAUCAGAAUUAAGUCCCCAGGUUAAGUUCUGCCUUCGCCCUCAGCCAGCUUGUGUUUGUAGUGCACCUGGCUGCUACUCCAGAACUGAGUACUGAAGUGCAGAGCCAGCCUGGAUGCUGUAGAGAUCUACACAUAUUGGCUCUUAAGAUGCAAUUAAUGAGGUGUCACAUUUAUAUACAAGCUACAGAUUUGGAAUUUUUUAAAGGGAUAGAUGCUGGAUUGUUGAUAAAUACCUGGCUAUUCUCCAUCUUUCUGCCUUUGUACUGCUGAACAGCUCCUAGUAAUCUCUGCUGUGACAUACAUGGCUGAUGAAUCCAUUAAGUACCAGUGAGUUGCUGGUGGGUGUGGCAAUCCAGCUGGUUAGGCUUAGAAAUGGCUGUCCUAUGCUUCCUUACAUUCAGUGCAGUGCUGCUGCAUGCUUCCCUUCCUCCACAGUCCUACAGGCAGACCUGCUUUUCAUUGUAUUUUCUUCUUGUGGAAGUGAGAUAGGGAAUUAAACCAGUAAACACUGUGUCCAGUGAAGAUGGUUGGAGGGUUUUUUUCAUACAGGAGGUUGAAAGAAGAUGUCUGUGUCUUUAAUAAGUGGAAGUUAACAUAUGGAGUUAAAAUCCCUCACUGUUUGGGAAAGUGGAUGAUGAAGAAUCACAGGCUUUUGUGUUGAGGAAGUAAAAGCUCCUUGGAAAGCAGAAACACCUCAAGUUGAAACUGUAAGAGUUGUGCAUCAGGGAAAUAGUCAUUGCCAUAUUGGCACAUUGCAUUCUCAGGAUUUUUUAAAUGAAAUUGUUCCGUUUAGACUCAUUACUUUGCCUUAUAUGACAAAUGGCAUUUGGACAAGAAAACAUGGGGCCUUUUCACUUACAGAAAACAAGGAAAAAUAUAUUUUCUGUUAUGGCCUACAUAAUACUCUCUCAUUCACAAUAAAAUCUUCCCAGGCUGUCUAUCAUAGGACCAACUUCUGUGUCAAAUAUUUUAAAGUGUAGACAACAGGAGAAGAAAAUAUUCAAGCAGACCCUGAAAUUUAGCUGCUCUGUAUCCUGUGUACCAGAGGAGGGGCUGACUCCAAGAAGCACAUUUGAUUUCAGAGAAUGGUGUGGGGGACAAAGCCCACUGAAAGAGAAGUGUGCUUUUUUUCAGCUGCCCAUAACUGAAGUAAAUUGAUUUCUCAUGAAAUCACAUCUCCUGAUAGGAGUAGACAGAUAUUUCUGAACAACCAGGGGACAGAGAUGAAAAAAUGAUUGCCCCAGCCAGAGCACAAAAAUUGGGAUAUACCACUUCUCACAGCUAUUUUGCACAACUUGGAUCUCUAAUCUUUGAGAGUUGGGAGGGAGGCAAGAUGAAAGAAGUGGGUGUUCCUGUUAAAAACAUCAUAUAUCUUAUUUGCCUGUUUCUUAAGAAAGAAGAAAGCAACACUUGCAAUUAUCUCAUGGGCGUUUAUGUCUUUAUGUGGAACUGCUUAUAUGACAGAAUGAAUAAAUUGUUUUGAGCACAGUGAUCCAGGUA